AUGGCUGCGCCGAGUUACGGUCAUCACCCUGCUCAGUAUCCGCAGACUUAUCAUGCUCCCUCGAUACCUGUCCCAAACGCCCCACCUGGGACCUUUCUUCCGGGAACGUUAAUAACAGUUGGCGCCCACAAGUGCACUAUAGAGCGGUAUUUAUCUGAAGGUGGUUUUGCUCAUGUUUACUUGGUCAAGCUUUCACGCCCAGUCGAUGGAUUGGAUGUGGCGGUUUUGAAGCGAGUCGCCGUUCCGGAUAAGGAGGCCCUUACGAGUAUGAGGACAGAAGUUGAGACAAUGAAACGGCUAAAAGGCCAUCGACACAUCGUUACAUAUAUCGACUCGCAUGCGUCUCAUUUGAAGGGUGGUGGAUAUGAGGUGUUUCUAUUGAUGGAAUUUUGCUCGGGAGGAGGUUUGAUCGACUUUAUGAAUACCAGGCUCCAGAAUCGACUCACGGAACCCGAGAUCCUUAAGAUUUUUGACGACGUAGCGGAAGGGGUCGCCUGCAUGCACUACCUUCAGCCUCCCCUUCUUCACCGAGAUUUAAAGGUCGAGAACGUUUUGAUAGGGUCACAUCGAGGGUACAAACUUUGUGAUUUUGGAUCAUGUGCUUCAGUAAAACCUGCCGCACAGACUGUUGUAGAAUGUCGACUGGUGGAAGAGGAUAUACAAAAACAUACGACACUCCAAUAUCGAUCACCGGAAAUGGUUGAUGUGUACCGAAAACUACCUAUUGACGAGAAGUCAGAUAUAUGGGCUUUGGGCGUCCUUUUAUACAAGCUUUGCUAUUAUACAACGCCUUUUGAGGAGCAAGGAACACUCGCUAUUUUGAAUGCCUCCUUCAAGUUUCCUUCGUAUCCUCCGUUCUCGGAUCGUAUAAAAAAACUUAUUGCAUGGAUGUUGCGAGAGGCUCCUCAGCAGCGACCCAACAUUUACCAGGUAGUCCGGGAAGUCUGUUCGAUGCGCGGAAAGCAAGUACCGAUAAAAGAUAUUUAUUUAGAGCUUUCAGCACAAAGAUCGCCUGUGGAACCGCAAGUAUCUCCCACAAUUCAAUCUCCUCCUAGCGUUGUCGCCUACCAGCCUCCUCCCCCACCACAGCCACAACCACUUCCAGAUAUCACGCCAAUGCGCCGUGGUAGGCCGACCAAAGAUGGACCCGUCGCACACUCGCCGGGUACUUCAAGAACAAGGCCAACCAUACCCGACCCAUCACCCAAAAUUCGCUCAACAUCAACUGAUCCGUUUUCCGCCCUUGAUCAAAAUACGAGUCCUUUUAGUAUGAAUGAUUCUGCAUCUAGGUUCCCAAGUGUAGAGCAAUUUAAUUUACUUCACGAUUCCGGAAACAAGUUUGAGUUUGCGGAGGGACUGUUGCCGUCAACUUCAGAUCCUGGAAAGAAAGAUCUUAGCACCCGAUUAACUGAGAAGCUGGCAGAUGAUGCAUUUGCUUCAGCAGCUCCACAACCCGCCCAGAAAGCACCAACUGGUUCAAAACAGUAUCAAAGUGCAUCCCGGCUAGUAACAGGGCAUGGAAUGUCUGGAUGGCCAGUUCUCCUUGAACCUCAACCCACUCGGCCAGUGAUGGUUUCUACGGGAACUAUGACUUCUCCGGAAUCAUCCUCUUCUAGAUCACCGUCUCCCCGAGAGUUCCCUAUGCUGCGUACCGACAGCAAAUUACAGGAACAGGCCUUUGAAUCACAGGGCUCUGCUCCUGCAGUGUCACGGUUGAAACAACAGAGACCGACAACACUUCUUGAAGUUGGUCGGUCAGCAACACACACUCCCACUGUGUCUCGAACACCAAAUUCUUCGCGGCCCUCACUCGAGUACUCUCGCUCAGCAUCAACACUCGAAGCUGGAAAUCCCAACCCGCCACCUCGUUCGGCCUCCGUAAAUUCUAAACAGCGUCCCACUAGUGUUUUCGUUGAGUCCAAUUUAGAAUUCCUUCGGGAUUUGGAUUCUGCGACAACCCAGGGGACCAGCAGUAUGCAGCCUCCGAAUGGAGGAUAUACGGUUCAGCAAAGCAUCACCGGUCAAUCUAUAAACUCACAAAGGUCCGUAAAUAUUGAGUCGAACGUGGACUACCUAAAAGCAAUAGAACUCGAAUCAGAUGUGAAGCCAGAAAAGAGGGGUGCAAGUGGCAAUUUUGUCGCGAAACAUGUUAAGCGUGCUAGCAUGCCCUCUAUAUCACUCCCUAGCUCCAAAGGUCUUUUGGCCGGCAAAUUUGGGGAUGCAUUUCGUAGGUUCGAGCGUAACAAUACCGGGUCGUCGCAAGACCAAAAUCCAGAGAGGACGUCAAGUCCUGAGCGUGGGGCAAUGCCCGUAAUUACUGAUAGUCAAGAUAUAUUAGACUUGGAUGAUUACUGGGAAGUUAGUAGCCAGGACGUACCGCCGGAAAUGAAACGAGAGCUUGAGAAGCGACGACUCUCACAGGAAGAGAGGCGGGUGGCAGCAGCGGCCGCAGAAUACAAGAGACAGCUCGCGGAGCGAGAUGCGGGCGGCAAGCCUACGACCUCGAGAAAUAGAGCAAACUCGAUUCAGAACAAGGUCAAAGCGCUUCUUAGUGAAAACCGCGUCCCACCUCCUAAAACUGCAGAGGGAUAUGGUCGGUACACUAAUGCCCCGCAACAACAACAAUUGGAUACCUUGAGUCGAUCAAAAUCAAACCCCACGGACAAUCCACAAACGGACGGACACCAUCGAGGAAGCGUUAGCUACCGAACUGGUACUUCAUCUGCUAGCGCAACUAUUACCGUUGCUUCAUCUAUCUCUUCUAGGAAGGCCGCGCCACCAACCAUUAUACCAUCAGCAUCUACAGGCUCAGGGCAGCCUUCGCCACGCCCACCUCCACCCCCGAAACCGAAUAAAUUGCGAGUUUCGGGAACUGGUGGUGGAAGUGUGGGUACAACUGCACCCCAACUUCCCCCCAGAACAGUAGCGAACGGCGGCGUUGCCGAAGAUGGUGGUAUCAAUCUAUCGGACGAGGACUGGCAGAAAAGCUUCGCGAAGCGUUAUCCUAGCCUUGCGGGAUUGGAGAUGGUCGAGACAGUUGUGGGGCCAGGGAGGAAGGAUUAA